GCGCGUAGGUUAUUAUCAACAGCCAAAAAUUCGUCUUUUGAUCAAUGUAAUCAAUAAUUCCCCCCAUCGUCCCUUCUUUCGCUUUUGUGUUUUUUUUUUUUUUUUUGAGGAGGGAAGGGGUGCGUGUGCGCGCGCGUGGCGGCGACGGACAUGCGCGGAGGUGCAGCGAACAUGGCGGCCGCCUGUAUCUGACAGAAACCCACAGCUCCGCCAUCCAAAAGUCGGCGCCUGCGACGCUCGGGAAGAGCUUGUCUGAUUUUCUCUGCUGCUGUGGGAUAACAUCUUGGGCGUCAUGGGUCGAACGCCUCACAAAGAUCAGAAAGAGGAAAAGAAGGAGAGGCCGAGCAUCGGCGCGGGCUCUGCGCUCGACAAAUCUAACGAGCCAUUCAGUUGGGAAGAGUACCUGAGGGAAACCUCGUCCAUUGCGGCCUCACCAACUUGCUUCAAACAGUCCAGAAUCCCCCCCUCUAAUGACUUCAAGGCAGGCAUGAAGGUGGAGGCGCGCGACCCCCGUAACGCCAACUCCGUGUGCAUCGCCACGGUGAUGGGCAUGAUGGGGACCAGACUGCGCCUGCGUCUGGAUGGCAGCGACAACACCAACGACUUCUGGAGACUGGUCGACUCGUCUGACAUACAACCGAUCGGGACCUGCGAGAGGAACGGCGACAUGCUGCAGCCCCCGCUGGGUUUUAGAAUGAAUGCCUCCUCGUGGCCCAUGUUCCUUCUCCGAACACUGAGCGGAGCCGAAAUGGCGCCAGCGUCUGCUUUUAAGAAGGAACCUGCGAGCCCCAUUAAAAACUACUUCAAGCCCGGUAUGAAGCUGGAAGCCGUGGACAGGAAAAACCCUUACUUGAUUUGCCCGGCCACAGUGGGUGAAGUCAAAGGUCAGGAGAUCUUUGUCAUGUUCGACGGCUGGCGAGGUGCCUUUGACUACUGGUGCGCCUUCGACUCCAGAGACAUCUUCCCAGUCGGCUGGUGUGUGUUGACGAAACACAGUUUACAGCCACCUGGAAACUUCUUCACACUUCCCGGCGCGCUCCUCGCCCCCGUUUCGUCGUCCUCGGCCUCCCUCACGACGCGCCGCUCCACCUCCAACUCCUCGUCGUCCGCGAUGCAGACGUCCUACCGACUGCCCAACCCUUUGCCGCCACUGCCCGUUCGCAAGGGUGUCCGAGGCCGGCGUCCCAAGUCGCAGACGAUUGCUCUGUUGAAGGCCGCGGCCGAGGCUGCCGCGGCCGCGGCCGUCAACGGGGCGCCUCAGAGCCCCGUCAGGACCACUCAGCUGGCCCCGAGACCACACAGGAAGCGAGGGCCUAAACCUGGGAGCAAGAGAAAGCCCCGCAUGGCUCAGUCACUGGGCUCAUCAUCAAUUCCAGCUUCUCCUCCGGAGACCAGAUUGAGCACCAGCCACGUCUCGGUAGACAACCACCAUAACAACAACUCAAAUGUAGUCUGCACAGUGUGCGUCUAUGUGAACAAGCACGGCGACUAUGGCCCCCAUCUUGACCGCAAGCUGGUGCAGCAGCUCCCAGACCACUUCGGGCCGGCUCCGGUCAAUGCAGUGCUCCAGCAGGCCGUGCAGGCCUGCGUGGACUGUACGUACCAGCCUUCAGUGCUGCUGUCGUUCCUCCAGAGCCAGUCCCACACAGGAGGAGAGGUCAUCCGAGUGCGCUCCGAGCACGGUAUCCGUUAUGUCAAGCUCCCCUCGGUCUCCAGCGCGUCCACCGUGCUGAGGUUCUUGGAGAACAUGUGCCAGCAUCUGGAGAGCGUCAGUUUGUUCAGCUCGCAGCCUUUCAGUCCAUUCGCCAAAAACACACGCUUCUUUGACAGGACAAAGUCAGAACCGCUGUCUCACACGGAAAAGAGCCCGUCGAACAAUGAUUCCUCAAAGGAUCCCGCUCCCAACACGCGGCCUCCUCACAUAGCGGCGGACUAUCGGGCAACGAAGCGGGAACGGCCCUAUUUCGCCUCGCACUCGCUCACGCCGCCGCCUCUGCAGAGAGUCAGCUCCAACCCGAAUGAACUCGGACAAGCGCCCACGCACAGACGCGUGGAGGCAGCUAGUUCAACAACAGGCCCAGACCACAUGACUCAAGACAAGGAGAGUUCGGGGAACGAUGCGUCUUCCUGGUCAGUUGACGACGUGAUCCGGUUUGUCCAGAAGGCAGACCCGCACACGCUUGGACCACACGUGGAGCUGUUCAGGAAGCAUGAGAUUGACGGCAAGGCCCUGAUGCUGCUGCGUAGCGACGUCAUCAUGAAGUACAUGGGACUGAAGCUGGGCCCCGCGCUCAAACUCUGUCAUCACAUUGAGAAGCUGAAACAGACCAAACAGUAAAAAAAAAAAAAAAAAAGAGCGACACGUUCUCCACUCGCUGGAAAACACAAACACAAGUACGUGUUCUUGUACAGGGAUGAAGCACUGACAGAAGCCACCGCGUCGUCUGUCUUUGCACUGUUUUAAUGUCGUGUACAUACUGGAUGUACAUUUGGGGAGUUUUAGCGGUUUGCAGGAUGUUGAUAUGUCCUUGGUGGUUUUUUUUGUUUUUUUUUUUUUUCACCCAAACUCUCAUGCUGGUAAAUUCAAUUUUUAGGACAAAGAAAUGAACCACAAAUGCGAGGGUGUCCAAACUAUCCAUCCAUUUUUCUUAGCCGCUUAUCCUCACAAGGGUCGCGGGGAGUGCUGGAGCCUAUCCCGGCUGUCAUCGGGCAGGAGGCGGGGUACACCCUGAACUGGUCGCCAUCCAAUCGCAGGGCACAUUUAGACAGACAACAGUCGUACUCACAAUCACACCGAUGGGGCAAUUUAGAGUGUCCAAUUAAUGUUGCCUGUUUUUGGGAUGUGGGAGGAAACCGGAGUGCCCCGGAGAACGUGCAAACUCCACACGGGCGGGUCCGGGAUCGAACCCGGGCCCUCACAACUGUGAGGCCAACGCCUCACAGCUGGUCCACCGUGCCGCCCAAGUCUAAACUCGAGAUGUCACAUUUGCAGCCUUAUGGUCAUUUUGGUUUUUGAAUUUUUUUGACAUGGUCUACAUUGCUAUUUCAAAUAAAAAAUGAAAAAACAUUGAUUUUCUGAGCUGCUUAUCCUCACAAGUGUCGCCGGACUGGUGGAGGCUAUCACAGCUAUAUUUGGGCACACCCAGAAAUGAUUGCCAGCCAAUCGCAAGGGCACAUGCAAAAUUGUAUCAAAACUUGUCCCGUGCCCUGGCGAAUAACAAAAGCAGAAACACUUUCCGCCGCUAUCUGCUGUAAAGAUCCGAUUUGUGGACUUAUCAUUUUAUUACUUCUCAAUAAAGGUUUUUUAAAUAACUUAGUUUAAUACAGAUUGCCACGCUCGGCGCAGGGGCGGACGUAUCCAAGUGAGAUAAAGGGGCCGUGGGCCACCAAAGUCCUGAAAAAUCACAAUCAGAUUGUUUUAUCACCUUUAACAGAAAGCGUGAACAUAUUGCAGUUUUUAAAAAAUAAACGACGGAGCAGUGAAAGCCCUUUUAACAAAUUUACUGCAAGUCGAAGUGGCCCUCUGAGGAAAAAAAAAGUUUGGACACCCCUGCACUUACCAGUUUUUAAUAUUUUGGACUUUUUAUUCAGUUUGAAGAAAUAAAACAUCCAAAAAUACAAGUUAUAGAUCAAGUAUUUUGGUCUUGGGGGGUGGAGGGGGUGGGGGGGGCGCUCAUGACCUCAGCAUUGUUUGCUCUGAUAUAAACUUAUUUUUUUACAUUACCAAACAUUUACUUUAGAUGAAAGCGUUGCAUUUUUUUUUUUUUUUAGCAUUAGCCGAAAAUGUAAUUAGCAUCCGAUACGUGUGCAGAGGCAUGUUUUUUUUUUUUGUUUUUUUUUUUGUAUUAUUCAGUUUGCCUUAGCAUGGACAACAUUAGGCCGUUAUUUAAUUGCAUUUCUUUGAAGAACGUAACCUCAGACAGACACUGUAGCUUCGCCGUUUCGACAUUUUGACGCCGACGACGGGUGAUGUUCGCUACCGUUGCAAUAACAUUUCGGACUGAUUCCUUUUUAGGGUGUGAUACAUCCUCGAGUAACGAUACAGUACUUGAGUGCUGCAGUCGUGUGCGCAGGUGAGGAGUGAGAGCGGGAAUUGUCCAAGUGUUGGAGGUAGGGGGGUCAUUGUUUGAAACCGCUCUGUCGUUUUGCUGAACUUCUCGCACUACUCUUUGCUAUUCCAAAAAACGUAUUACUCGUCCCCGCUCCGAAAGUUUCACCUUGAGUUCGACCUUUAUCGUAUUACAUUUUGACAGUUGCACACGCGUAACACCUGUGACGACUGGAAACCUCGCGAGUGUUGCUAUGGAAAUAAAAGCCAGGUACAGUAAUUUACCGCCGUCGCUGUACGAAAAGUGUUCCCGAGACAGAAUGCCAAACGUUUUCCUUCAUCAUUUCGUCGCGUAACAAAGUGUAUCAAGCCUGUGAAUAUUCUCGUUCAUCCCGGUGAUUGGAUUUUGUCAGGGCAUUGAAUUGAACCGAUGGCAGCUGGACUGUUUUGAACGUCCCAAAAAAUCAUUUCGCCGCUCAUCCGAGCAGUCAAUUGGUGCGCGCGGGACGACCCGAGUGUCGGUGUGAAAAUUCCUUUCGAAAGACAUUCAAUAAUUCCGCCUCGUAGCCGCUUUUGGACUCCGGGUGCAACCACUGUUACAACCGGAGCGGGGGUCGGGAACCUUUUCGACUGAGAGAGCCAUAAAGGCCAUCCAUCCAUCAGUUUUAUUUGCCGCUUAUCCUCAUGAGGGUCGUGGGGGAGUGCUGGAGCCUAUCCCAGCUGUCAUCGGGCAGGAGGCGGGGUACUCCCUGAACUGGUCGCCAGCCAAUCGCAGGGCACGUCGAGACAAACAGCCACACUCACAAUCGCACCUAGGGGCAAUUUCGGGUGUCCAAUUAAUGUUGCAUGUUUUUGGGAAUGUGGGAGGAAACCGGAGUGCACACCCGGGAGGAAGUCCACGCAGGCACGGAGAGAACAUGCAAACUCCACACAGGCGGGUCUGGGAUUGAACCCGGGACCUCAGAACUGUGAGGCCAACGCUUUACCAGCUGACCCACCGUGCCGCCCCCAAAAAAGCCAAAUAUUUUAAAAUGUAAUAUCAAACGAGCCAUACAGUAUUUUAAAAACUAAGUAUAGGUGUUUUUGCGCAUUUAUGUUAGACCAACACUAAGUCUCUGAAUUAGCGUAAUUUCCUGCCUACAGAGCGCACCUGAUUAUAAGACUCACCCAGUACAUUUGUAACGGAAAUACCAUUUGGUACAUACAUAGGCCGCAGCCGUGUAAAAGCCGCAAGUGCCCACAUUGAAACACGAGAAAUUCACAAACCGGUAACGCUAGCCAAAAGAGCCAGGUUAUGGCUCGCGGGCCGUAGGUUCCCCACCCCCUGAAAUAGUGUUAAAAUACUAAAAAAAAUUUAAAAAAAAAAAUCAUCGUCAAUUUGAAUGAUUCAAGUCGCCGCCAAAUGUUACGUGGCUUUCGAUUUGUGAAAAAUCAAGACUGCCCUCAAACACUGGGCGAAAAAAAACCCACAAAAAAAUACGACGACCAUAAUUCAAUGCCCUGCGAAACAUAAAUCCAGUGUAAGUGCUUCCAAUUUCCAGUUUGAAAGGACUGGAUUUUUUUUUUCCUUCUAAUUUCUUACCUGCAAUUGUUAUUUUUUUUUUUUAAGGCACCAGAAAGCCUUUCAAACCAAAUCCGAUGUUUUCUUUCUCCCCGUCCCACACUACGUUGCUCUCCGUAGCGGCGCCGCGUCGUCGUAAAACUCAGGUUGAAGUCGGUUCUUGGGGGGAUGCUUCGCAAUUGUUUGUUUGUUUGUGUUCAUGCUACAUUGUAGAGGAGCCAUAAUAUAACCAAGUAUGUAUAUUUGAAAUGCCUUGUCAUUUAAUGCCCCUGCAGCAUUUUGUGUCAAAACUUUUUACUCUGCUCAAAAAAAAAAAAAAUGUUUUGUUAUAUGUCUGAUAUGCAUUCAAACAAUUAAACAUUUUCACUUAUCA